AAAAUCAAUUUUUCCCUGUUUUUCAUGUCGCUGCGUACGAAGUGAUUUUUCUUGGUGAAAAAACGCGUAAAUUAUUGCACUAGUGCGUGAAAUUUGUGCUUAUCAGUGCUAAAACCAGUGCAUUAUCAUGGGUCGUUCACGUUCCCGUAGUCGGACGCCGAAAAAGCACAAGAGCAAACACCGAAAGCGAAGCAAAUCCCGAUCAUCCUCCCACAGCAAGCACGAAUCCCACCGCAGUUAUGACAAAUACAAGGAGCGCAGUUCCAAAUCUAGGAAGCGCUCGUUGUCCGAAUCAUCCGAUAGUAGUAGCGAUAACCACCAUCACCACAGAAAGAAGAGCUCCAAGAGCCGCAAGCUGACGGAGGUCGAGCGACUAGCCGAGAUGGAAAGACAACGAAGGCAGAAGGAGGCGGAACAAAAGAUGAUAGAAGAAGAAGCGGCUAAAAGGAUUGAGCUGCUGGUGAAGAAGCGAGUUGAGGAAGAACUCGAGAAGCGGAAAGAUGAGAUUGAAACGGAAGUGCAGCGUAGAGUCGAAGCUGCCAAGAAGCAGAUGGAGCAGGAAAUGAUGCUUGAGCUGGAAAAGCGUCGCGAGCAAGCUCGCGAAGAAGAACGCCGCAGAGAGGAGGAAGAGCUUAAAAAACGUCAAGAGCUCGAAAAUAUUAUCGCCGAAAACAAUCGGAAAAUCGAAGAGGCCCAACGGAAAUUGGCCGAAGACCGACUGGCGAUAAUAGAAGAGCAAAGAAAAAUGGAUGAAGAACGUCAGAAGAUGCGCAAAGAGCAGGAAAAGCGUGUCAAGGAAGAGCAGAAAAUGAUUCUGGGCAAAAACAAUUCGCGACCCAAGCUUUCGUUCUCGCUAAAACCGUAGUUAGUCUGUGAGUGUGAGUUGAAAAGUGUUUGAACGCUGCGCCACGUGUCUUUAGGUUUGUUUUUCCUGGGUACAGUAGCAACGUGGAACUAGCACGUUGAUCAUUUGUUCUAUGCUGUACCGCAUCCGUGGAUUAACCGUUUAUAGUACCGUCAACUAUAGAUAGUAUGAGCCACGCGCGAAACGAAUGAUAAACAUACCAUAUAUUCAUGUAAAUCACGUAUCGUGAUGCGUUGUAAGAACUGUGAUUCCGAAGGGACGCAGCUCCCGUCGACCAGUUCUGCGAUCUUCCUAACUAAGGUAGAAUUAUGUUCUAUUUUACUGUAAAUUCUAUUGUGAUAACGCUUUUGUUGAAGAUGAUAUCACUUUCUAUGAACUGAAAUUUUUGAAAGACUACCUAGAUACGACCCUGCUUAUCAUUUUCAUCUUCAACGACAGCGAAUCGCAUUUAAAAAAAAAACCUGUACAGUUACUCCUUUUAGGUACUUUAUUUUAAAGGAUGCUAGAUUUGAGUCGUUUCCAUUUGUUUCUACUGAAUGAAUCAAAUAAAUGCAAAAGUUUUCAGCAAAAGCAACACAAAUAGUAACUCACUUAACCGAUAAGCUUUUUAUUGCGUAAAAAUUGUUCAAAGUAUGUUUGGUUUUGGAAUGCUUGAAGCUACAAUAAAAAAUUAGUUGGUGAUUCACAAUAUAUACCGAUCUUACGUUCCGUAAAGAAGAAUCAGAAAGUAGCGCACAGUAAACUAACAAACUGCCUAUAAAAGCAUGUCAGUCCCAUCUGGAAAAUCAGCAAGUCGAGAAAAACGUCGUUGAAGAUGUAUUUGUCCGUAGGCUCUUAUAAAUGGCAUAACCUAGUUUUUUGGUAUUUUUCACGAUGUUUUUUGAACAAAUAAUUUAACUUUUAGUGCACAGCGUAAAAUACCGGUAGUUGACAAUCGAUUCGAAUGGAUAACUUAUUUCUGACAAAAACCCACAUGGGACUAUUAUGCUUUUAUGGGCAGCAAAAGUGAAAGUUGUUCAAUUCAAAAGUUCUUGGGAGCGUCCGUUUAUGUACAAUUAAGGAAGCAAUAUCGGGCAAUAAACGAACAGCGAUUAGUGGAAAAGCAGCUUGAAAUCCGCAUGUUUCUCCUGAAAGCCGAACAGAAGCAACAGAAGCCAAUUCUUCAGCAAACAAACAAAAACUGAACACUAACACUCGCACGGCAGUGCAAAAGUUUUGCAAUUUCCCAAACACUGAAUAAAAAUAGUUUGUAAUUGCUACAACUCA